GUCCGGCGGGGAGAAGUCCUCUGGCCUUAUCUUUGAAGAUCACCCGCUCAUUGCUCAUAUCUCCCGGUACUGUUUACUGUUUAGUCGAAUACUUACGUCUCAUAAGCGAUCCGUGAUCCGUGUCUUUAUCAAUCGCAUACUCGUAUCACAAAGUUGCAAGUCCACAUUACUUUAAUUUAAUUGAUUUGUGAAUAAUUAUCAUAUCAAGCAUGGAGAUGGACAUUGGCUUCAGAGAUAAAACUAUACGCAAAAACUUCUUAUGUAAAAUUUACAGUAUUGUUAUGUGCCAAUUGAUAAUCGCUACAACAUUUUUGUCGAUGGCAACUUUUCAUGAACCCACUAGAAUUAUUUUAAAAUCAUAUCCUUGCCUUAGUAUUAUCACAAGUAUUACUACUUUAGGUAUUUUAAUUGCACUCGCUUGUAGUGAAUAUUUACGCCGUAAGAGUCCUGUUAACUAUAUUUUCUUGUUUUUAAUUACCUUAGCUUUAUCAUUUUUAUUAGCAGUGUCUGUAUCUCAGUACUAUCCCAAUCAAGUACUUUUGGCUCUAGGCAUAGCUACAAUAAUAUGUUUUGCUUUCAUAAUAUUUGCUCUUCAAACUAAAAUAGAUUUUACAGUCAUGGGUAGUUUUUUAAUGGUAGCUAUAAUAAUUUUACUAGUUGCAUCUACCGUUGUUAUAUUAAUCCCUGGAAAAUUAAUGACUCUCAUAACUGCAUGUGUAGGCUCAAUAAUAUAUUCAAUGUAUCUUAUUUAUGACACCCAAAUUAUGGUUGGCAAUAACCAUAGAUAUUCAAUCACUCCAAGAGAAUAUAUACUUGGAGUAUUAGCCAUUUAUAUAGACAUAAUUAAUAUUUUCAAAGACAUAUUGACGAUUAUUGUUAUUGGUGAUUAAACAUUAUUUGUGUGUUAAGAUUUUAAAUAAAAUAGAGCAUAUUUUAAAUACUUACUAAAAAUAAUAAUUAGGUAUAGAUUAUUAUAAGAUUCCUUUUGGCUUUUAUUUUUCUAAGUUAAUACAGUUUAUUAUGUUGUACAGGGUAAAGUAGUUUUAAUAAUGUA